AAUUAGCAUUAGUAUUGAUAGGAAUUCUUGUAUUUGUGAUAUUAUAUAUCAGUAGAAUAAUUUCUGUAUUAUGAAUUAAACAUAUUGUAUAUUGUGAGGUAACUUGUAUUAUACAUCUUUUCCAUUGUUUAUUCUGUACACAUGACAUCUGUCCAUCCUGAUAGAGGGAUCCUCCUCUGACGUUCUCCCUAAGGUUUCUUCCCUUUUUUCCCCAUGGAAGGGUUUUCAAAUUUUUCCUGUGCGGGUUGGGGACCAAGGAUGUUGCAUGUGUACAGACUGUAAAGCCCUCUCAGGCAAAACAUUUUUUUAAAUAUCAAUUAAAAUGUGAUAAAUGUGGUAAAAAAAAGAAAAAUAAUAAACUUUCACCAGGUACCCUUUAUGACAGGAUUACAAUGCAAAUGUAGCAGGUGGAAGCGAGCCAGAGAUGAAUGAAACAGGGAGAAAGAAUGAGUCACGACGUACAAAGAGAGAGAGAGAGAGCGAGAGAGAGAGAGAGGCCAAUGCAGUGAGAGGGAUGUCACAUGGAGGUAGAGCGAGGUAGGACGAGAGGCAGCCACGCAGCAAGAAAGGGAGGCCGGGGGCUGUAAGAUGGUUGUUUCCCCAUCAUGAGUUCGCACACAGCCCUGCCUCUUCCUCUGCUACGUCAGCGCUGAGCGGGGGGGAGCAGGACUACCCCGGCGCCGGCAGGAGGAAAGGAGCACUCCAGCCUGCAGGAGGCUGGCUGCUGCGUCUCGUCAGUGGACCUCCCGGGAUCUUGUGUCGACAUCACUGAGCUCUUUUUUUUGGGGGGGGGGAAAAAAGGAGCUGGACUGCCAAAGGCACAAAGGACUCAAGCUCUUCGGAACUGUUCUUCUUAUCGCCGUCAAUCAUUCAGCUGUCAGGCUGGGUGUCCGAGUAUCAUUUUCAGGAUACAGCUGUGCACUCAAGCUGGAGGUCAAACAGACUGAGGACUGGCUCCAGCAAGCAAUCAACUCCUAAAGGCUUCGGACUAAAGCAAAUGGCUUCUGGAGUUGAUCCAAGAACCUGGACUUUUGAAAGCCGAACUGCAUUUGCACUUGUUGACAAAGAUCGGAGGCUGAUGAGUAACAAAAGGUCUUUCUGAUUGCGUUCACUGGGGAUGCUGACAAAUAGUUCCCUCAUCCCUGCUGACUCACCCUUGGGCCAAAGAUGUCGCUCCACAUUCCAGUUAAAAGAUAAGCAAUCAGUGACAAUCUUCUACUUGUUUUACCUUGGCACAUUUGAUGACAUGGCAGUAGCUGAUUACCUUUCAUUCAAUUUUCCUCAGAGGUAAGAAGAUAUGUAUUAUAUUCUUUGAGAGUGGAUCAACUGUGCAUUCACAAAUACGGUGUCUCUGGUCUUCAAGCACUUGAACCUUCCCUUUUUAAACCAAGAACGACCUUCUUCAGUACUCCCCUGCGCACUUCAUUUAGGAAGGGACAACUGGAAUAAAGUUUAGGGUUUUUUGGACACAUGAGACUCAUUUCUUCCCGUUUUACACUUGGAUCCUAUUUCACAUACUAUGGGAUAACAAAACAUUGAACUUAGUGCUGGACUAACUCAAAGUCCAACAUGGUGGUGACUCAUCUGGAGCUGGAGCUACGGUACCAGGGCCGGAAGUUACGUGGCGUGACAUGGAAAUUGACCCGGUCUGAACAUGGAUUCAUACCAGAGAGCUCCUGGCUCAUUGCUGCCCAGGUUAUUUUGCCGUACCUGGUGUCAGGACUCGGACUGGUCUCCGCUGGUAUUGUUAUGGACCUUAUACAACACUGGAAGGUGUUUAAGGUAAUAACAGAGGUGUUCAUCCUGGUGCCUGCGCUGGUCGGACUCAAAGGAAACCUGGAGAUGACCCUGGCUGCUCGCCUUUCCACCGCGGCCAACACAGGCCAGAUGGACGAUCCCGAUAAACAGUGGACCAUGGUGUGCAGCAAUCUGGCCCUGAUACAGGUCCAGGCCACGGUGGUGGGUUUUCUGGCGGCCGUAGCGGCCGUGUGUUUGGGGUCGUUUUCCAGAGGGGGGGUUGAACUGGACCAGGCAGCUGUCCUCUGUGCCAGCAGCAUCACCACAGCCUUCGUCGCCGCUCUUUCCUUAGGCCUGGUGAUGAUCGGAGUGAUCAUCGGCUCCAGGAAAGUGGGCAUAAACCCUGACAACGUAGCCACACCCAUCGCUGCCAGCCUGGGCGAUUUGAUCACCCUGUCCCUGCUGGCCGGGGUCAGCAGCACACUCUACGAAUACAUCGAUGUAUGGUACCUGUCCCCCCUGGUGUGUCUGCUCUUUCUGGCUCUGAUCCCAAUCUGGGUGGCAGUGGCCCGACGGAGCCCUCAGAUCCGGGAGGUUCUCCGCUCGGGGUGGCAGCCUGUGAUAGUGGCCAUGUCCAUCAGCAGUUUCGGAGGCCUAAUACUGGACAGGACAGUGAGCGAUCCCAACUUUAAGGGCAUGGCGGUCUUCACGCCCGUCAUCAACGGAGUGGGUGGUAACUUGGUGGCCAUCCAGGCCAGCAGGAUCUCAACCUACCUGCACUUCUGGAGCAUCCCCGGGGUGCUGCCCUACAAGAUGAGGCAGCACUGGCCCAAUCCCUGCAUCACCUUCUUCUCCUCAGGGUUGAACUCAAAGUCUGCGCGGGUGCUCCUGAUGCUGGUGGUCCCUGGUCACAUGGUCUUCCUCUUCGCCAUCUCUUUGCUGCAGGGAGAGGAGGCUCCCAUCACGGUGGCCUUCACCGUCUGCUACCUGUGUGCCGCUCUGCUCCAGGUGACCAUCCUCCUUUACAUUGCUGACCUCAUCAUCCGUGCGAUGUGGAGGCGGAGCCUGGACCCCGACAACUUCUCCAUCCCCUACCUGACUGCUUUGGGGGACCUGCUGGGGACGGGCUUUCUGGCCCUCUGCUUCCGCAGCGUCUCCCUGGUUCAGAGCCUGGGUCUCUGAAGGUUUCCCCUUGACCCCGGAACUCUUUAGCCAGCCACUUUCCUUUAGUUAUUAAGUUAUUUACAUUCACACAGAGAUGCUUUUGAUUGGACAAUAAAGCAUUUUUCACUGGGUCAGUCAGCCCAGUGAAAAAUGUUGCAACAAUGUUGCUUUUCUUUGCACAUAAUAAAUGUGCCACUUGCAAAGGAUUCUUAUUGAAGGUACAACUUCUGAAAUGAAGAGAUUGAGAUAAAGCUUUGAUGUUAUUACUCUUUAGGCUGAUUAUUUUUAAAUCCC